GUGCAGCGCGUUCAGACGCAGUUUUUCGACCGAGUGGUCUCAAUACGCUUCUUGGAGGCAUCCUGUGGCUACGGAUGUCUUCUUUUCUGGAGGAAUGACCUCGCGGAGAAGUGGGACAAUCUUGGAUUUUCCAUCCGUCCCCUGAACGGACAUGUCAGGUAUACCUGGUCUGAUGGAAAUUGGGACUCCGGAGUGUUUGUGCCCGCUCCGUACCAGCUCAUGCACAUCAAUGCAGGAGCUUUGCACUACGGGGUGUCUUGCUUCGAAGGCAUGAAGGCCUUCUCCUGUAAAGACGGAAAGAUCCGGUUGCUGAAUCCGGAGCUCAAUGCCAAGCGAAUGCAGAAGGGUGCUGGUGCUUUAUUGAUGCCAGAGGUGCCCACCGACAUGUUUGUGACAGCAGUCAUGGAGGCUGUGCAACGAAACAAGGAGUUUGUACCUCCCUAUGGCAACAAUGCUUCUAUGUAUGUGCGCCCUCUCCUUUUUGCCAGCGGGCAAAUGCUGGGCCUGGCGCCUUUAGCCAACGAGUACACGUUCUUUGUCACAGUACUUCCGGCCGGGGGAUAUUUCGGGAAAGGCAGCGAGGUGGGCGUCAAGGCUCUGGUGAGUAGCGAUCAUGAUCGAGCAGCACCUAAAGGCCUUGGAUCCGUCAAGGCUGCAGGCAACUACGCAGCGGACCUCUCCCCCGUUCAUGGAGCUCAUGCUCAGGGCUACAACACGACGCUGUACCUCGAUGCCAAGGAGCGGAAAUACGUGGAGGAGUUCUCAGUUUGCAAUUUCGUGGGCAUCACAAAGGACGGACGCUACGUCACUCCGAAAUCUGACACGAUUCUGCAAUCCACCACUAACAUCAUGCUCCAGCAGCUGGCACGGGAUCGUGGGAUGAUUGUAGAGGAGAGGCCCAUCGAUUUCCAUGAGGAGAUCUCGAAUUUCAAAGAGAUUGGUAUGUGCGGCACUGCUGCCGUGGUGGUGAAGGUGAAUUCAAUUCGGCACGGAGACACUGUGUAUGACUUCAAUGAUUUCGACACAAUGGCCAGUCUGCGAAGCCAGCUCACAUCCAUCCAGUGUGGAGAGUUGGAGGACAAGCACGGCUGGAUGAAGGAAGUGUGCGACUCUGUCGGCGACACCUACUCCGAGGAAUUUCCGCCCCUCGUGGCAUCUUUGGCCCCAGGCAUGGUGACCGCAGAGGCCAAGGGUAGCGUGCAGAAGCUGGGCAGCGAAGCCAUGCAUGGCUUGGAGCGAUCCUUGCUGGAGCAUGUCGUCAAGACUGCCCAACCCGGAAACCCAGAGAGUGUUAUUGCAGCCAUGGACGCCUUCUGGAACAAGACGUUUCAGGCCCAAGGAGCAGAGAAGUGGAACGUGAGGGGUCAGAAAAUCGAGGAGAAAGUCCAGGAGAAGGUGAAGUUGAAGGCAGAUUCCCCACACCCUGUGCGCUGCUUGGAGAUGGGUACCUACUGUGGCUACAGCGCCCUUCGAAUAGCCCGCAAUCUGCCAGAGGAUGGCAAGCUUCUGAGUGUGGAGAAGGAUGAGCUGUUCGCGGCAAUUGCGACAAAGAUCAUCGAGUUUGCUGGUAUGGACUCAAAGGUGAAGAUUUGGAUGGGCACUGUUCACUCUGAGCUGAUCAACAUCACGGAAAGGAUGGAAAGGCAGCCGGCUGAUUUUGUCCUAGUGGAUCAUUCAAAGGAGAGAUAUGUCCCUGACCUGAAGUUGCUCGAAGACUGUGGUGUCCUCGACAAGUCGACAACAGUGGUUGGCGAUGUCGAGGUCUAUCCCGGCGACGAAAGGUUGCCAAAGGCCAUCCAGCAGGAAAUCAGUGAGUAUUUCAGCGACAGAGAGUUCGCGCUGGCCACAAUGGUCUAG